UUGAAUUGCAAAUUCUCGUAUAGUAAGAGUUCCUUCGGUUUCCUACCUAGCACAUUCUCUGUUGUCUACGCCAAUAUUUUACCUGCGAGUAGAGUGUGGCUGGCUACAUACGGGGGAACUCAACCUACCUUUCGAAGGGUAGACCUUUACAGAUGAGUGAAACGAGGAUUUAGGUAUAUAAGGAGACGACCCGCCAAGCGAGCCAGCCUGAUACCGACUUUCAUUGAUAGGCCAUGAAACAUAGAGAAUGGGAACUUGUUCGCACGUACCUCGACCGCAGGCCGGCGUUCUGGCGGAUCAUCAAGAACAAGGACGUGGAGGAGUUCAAGUCGGGCCUGUACGUAGCGACGCUGCUCAACUGCAUGCUCUGGGUGUUCUACGGCAUCCUCUGCAUCAUAUUCGGCUCGACAAUGUACCCCUCCCCGCUCACCAUCAUGGGUAAAGUGAUCAAGACAAAGAGCGUCGAGUACAUGCCCUUCUUCUUAUCGCUGCUGAGCUUCCUCAACGGCGUCUGCUGGAUGUCCUACGCUCUCAUCAAAUUCGACCUCUACGUCACGAUCCCCAAUGGCCUCGGUGCGCUGUUCGGCCUCGUCCUCGCCUGCUACUACAGGCCGACCCCCAAGAAGGAGAAGAGUGCAAACCUCAAAUAUGAUUGAAGGCUCCUGGCUCCUUGAUUGCAAUAACAAGUGCUAGCUACAGUAAGAACAAGGGAAUCUAGAGACCGAGACUGAAAGAAAAGGCUGGGCUACUUCUAUUCGUUAUUCGUUUCCCAUAUGAUUUUCCAUAUUUUACCAUCAAAAAUAGGAUGUUUUAGCCAUUUAUUGUUAGUACUGAAAUCAGGCAUAAAGGAUUUUACGGGGUGUAAAUAAGUUAUUUCAACAACGUUC